UCUACUUAUUCGAUAGAGGUUCUAUGGUUUGGGGGAAGUCUUACCAGAAAACCAGUACAGCACUGAGUUCGGUCAUAACACAGUUGGAUGGUGUGGCUUUCACCAAUUUCUCUGACGACGAGCUAAAAGUUCAGAAAGAAUACAAGCACCUCUAUCGUCGUAUCUGGGAUGUGGCGGACGAGGUAUUCCUCGAGCACGAAAACAACGCCUUUUUUGUCAUGACGAAUGUUAUCAUCACUCCGAAUCAGACAAUAGGACACUGUGCAGAGAACAACGAUGUUUGCGGAGCACCAUGUGACCCAAAUGCUCCUCCCUUUUGUCCUAUGGGAGAACCCCUGAAGCAUGGGACGAUGACCGGUGAAUGCAUCCUCAACAAUUCAACAAGGGACUACACCUGUGAGAUCAAUGCAUGGUGCCCCCUGGAGAACUACACCAAGCCACUGGGUGACCGAAAAGCAUUGUUGGAAGAAGCGGAAAAUUACACAGUCACGAUUAAAAACUUCAUUUUUUUCCCCGACUUUGGGGAGGAAUAUCACAGGAGAAAUGUCUUGGACAACUACACCGAAGAAGUUCUGAGGACCUGUUACUUUCACCCGAAGGAAGACCGCUUUUGCCCUAACUUCAAAAUAGCCACAAUUCUUCAAGAAGCUGGGAUCAACGAUUUCAACGAUAUCGGCGUCUCGGGUGGAUCCGUGGAGAUAAGGAUCAACUGGAACUGCGACUUGGACUAUGACAUAAAAUACUGUCUUCCGGAGUAUGAGUUUCACCGACUUGAUCAACCAAAAGUCAACUGCACUAACGAACCCUACUGGAACUUCCAGUAUGCUCACUUCGACGCAAAUAACGAUACCUUCCGCACCCUCUUCGACGUUUUUGGGAUCAAGUUUUGGGUGAACGUGUAUGGAGAGGGUGGAAAACUUUACUAUUGGAACAUAUUGUGGACCAUUGCAAGCCAAUUCACAUAUAUUGGUUUGGUCAGUCCUCAUGAGGAGGAUGAUCGGAAUUCGGUCAAACAGGUGAUAUCUUCCCUUAAGAAGAAAAUUGAAGAACAAGGCAUCCUGCAGGACUUCGAAGAGGAAAUCAACAAGCUCAUCCUUAUAAUCAAAGGAAACAUGAAGAGGAUCGAGAAAGUGGCAUAUGAACUGUGCAAAGAUAAGUGGGAAUCGGGUGUGGUGUACUUUGAGGUUCGGUAUUGCCCUCAUCUUCUCUUGAAUGACACACUCCUGAGAAGCCCAUACGAAUGGGAAGUCAUGGAAGGGGCAAGAGAGGUGAUUCGGGCAGUACAAAGGGGCUUGAAGAGGGGAAAAAUGGAUUUUGGAGUGGAUUCCAGAUCAAUUCUCGUCUGCAUCCGAGGAAAGAAAAAAUGGUCGUUUGAUAUCCUGCGCUUGGCCAAGGAGUUCCAGGAUGCCGGCGUCGUUGGGAUAGACAUGGCUAAGAGGGCACUGUUCGACGUGGUCCAGCAGAACGAGUCUCAAGAUGCCUCCGCUCCGUCGAGGAGGGAUGUGAAUGAUGAAGGGGCCUCAUCCCAACGGGGCCAGGAGAACGAGUCCCAAGAUCCCGACAGAAUUACGAGCGACUCGCAUGAGGCCUCGUCCCGAGAAGGUCUGGUGGGAUCAUAUCGAUUGUAA